CUGAUCUCCCUCUCCGCGCUCUCUCCUAUAAACUCAAUCCGCAAUUUUCUUCCCGUAGUGCUGGAAGUAACGUUUGCACUUUCGAAACUCCCACAGACAACUUCACAACACACAGACGCGAAUCUUGACUACGACUCCAAAGGCACGUUUACGACGGCAAGAGCCACGCCAUCGGGGGCCGCAGCAAGACCGACCUUACUGAGGGAAAAUGUCUUCAGGCCGUGAUAUCAGUGAGAAGGGCACAGAGGAGAAGGUCAAGUCCGAGAGGGAGCUAGAGAAAGAGCGGAAAAAGGCAGAAAAGGAUGCCAAGUUCAAGGCGAAAAUGGCAGCGCAAGCCAAAUUAAGCGGCGGAAAGGCGGUUCGCGAGGGCGGAGAGAAGGAGAAGAGGAAGAAUAAAGCCGACGAAGAACAACUCGGCGAGUAUAUCGAGGAGAUCAAGAAGGGCGAGAAGAAGAUCCUCAAGCCGAUGGACGACAGUCCCUUUACCAAAGCGUACGUGCCCAAGGUUGUCGAAUCUGCUUGGAACGACUGGUGGGACAAGAAAGGCUUCUUCAAACCUGAGUACAAUGUCGAACAUCGCGGCGAGCUUGCUAUGGAAAAGGGCAGCUUCACGAUACCCAUGCCCCCACCCAACGUCACCGGAAAACUUCACUGCGGCCACGCACUGGCCACCGCGCUUCAGGACAUCCUUAUCCGAUGGCAUCGCAUGCAAGGCUAUCAAACCUUGUAUCUUCCUGGUUGCGAUCAUGCUGGUAUUUCCACUCAAUCCGUUGUGGAAAAUAUGCUCUGGCGCCGUCAGAAGAAGACUCGGCAUGACCUUGGUAGGCCAAAAUUCCUAGAGACGGUGAUGGAGUGGAAGAACGAUCAUCACGACUGGAUUGUCUCUGUGUUAAAGCGCAUGGGCGGAUCAUUUGACUGGACGAGGGAAGCCUUUACAAUGGAUGAGAAUUUGUCGGCUGCAGUCACAGAGACGUUUGUCAGGUUACACGAGAAGGGACUGAUCUAUCGUUCGAACCGGUUGGUUAAUUGGUGCACGCAGUUGAACACUGCCUUAUCGAAUUUGGAAGUCGACAACAAGGAAAUUCCUGGCCGUACUUUGCUCGAUGUUCCUGGUUAUGACCGCAAGGUCGAGUUUGGUGUUCUCACGUCUUUCAAAUACCCUAUUAACGGCAAAGAGGGCGAGUUCAUCGUUGUAGCAACAACCCGGCCGGAAACAAUGCUUGGUGACACUGCAAUUGCUGUCCACCCAAACGACAGUAGAUACAAGGGCCUUGUCGACACCGGUGCUAUGGCGAAACACCCUUUUCUUGAUAGGCUUCUACCCAUUAUUGCCGAUGACUACGUUGACCCUGGAUUUGGUACAGGUGCCGUCAAGAUUACACCUGCUCACGAUCCCAAUGAUUUCGCCAUUGGAAAGCGCCACAACCUUGGCUUUAUCAAUAUUCUAACGGACGACGGCCACUUGAAUCAUAACGCUGGUCCAUUCAAAGGCCAGAAGCGCUUUGACGCACGAUACUCUGUCAUUGAUAGACUCAAUGAAUUAGGACUCUUUGUCAAGCAGGAGGAUAACGCGAUGAAAGUUCCUCUAUGCAGCAAAUCCAAAGACGUUAUCGAACCACUCCAGAAGCCGCAAUGGUGGAUGAAAAUAAAGGAGCUAAGCGAGCCCGCAAUCCAAGUUGUUAAGGACGGCAAAAUCAAGAUUCGGCCGGAAACCUCUGAGCGCGUGUACUACCACUGGAUGGAGAACAUCAACGACUGGUGUCUGUCUCGACAGCUCUGGUGGGGCCAUCAAAUCCCAGCUUAUUUUGUGAAGAUCGAGGGCAAGCACGAUGAUUCUUCUGACAACGAUUCUUCCAACAAUGAACUUUGGGUCACCGGACGUACUUUGGAAGAAGCUACUGAAAAGGCCAAGAUUAAGUUCAAAGGCAAGAACUUCACUCUGGUGCAGGAUGAGGACGUCCUUGACACUUGGUUUAGCUCAGGCCUGUGGCCUUUUAGCACUCUUGGGUGGCCAAAGGAAACAAAUGAUUUGAAAGAGUUAUUCCCUACUUCUGUUCUAGAAACAGGCUGGGAUAUCCUGCCAUUUUGGGUUGCGCGAAUGAUUAUGCUUAGCUUGAAAUUGACAGGAAAAAUCCCGUUCAAGGAAGUGUACUGUCACUCCUUGAUCCGUGAUUCGGAAGGUCGCAAGAUGAGCAAAUCGCUUGGCAACGUCGUCGAUCCUAUCGAUAUCAUGACUGGUAUCGGCCUUCAGCAACUCAAGGACAAGCUACUUAUGGGAAACCUAGAUCCCAAAGAGCUGAAAACUGCGGAGAGGUAUCAGAAUACUGCAUUUCCGCAAGGUAUUCCGGAGUGUGGUGCAGACGCGCUGCGCAUGGCUCUCUGUGGCUACACUACCGGUGGUGGGGACAUUUCGUUUGAUGUCAGUGUCAUCCACGGUUAUCGCAAGUUUUGCAACAAAAUCUAUCAAGCGACAAAGGUUCAAAAGACAGGCAAAGAAACCUUGCCUGAGCGGUGGAUCUUGCACAAACUGGCAAAAGCCUCGAAAGACAUGAGCGAGCACUUGGCUUCACGGGAUUUCUCCCUAGCCACACAGGUCGGCUACAAAUAUUUCUUGAACAAUCUCUGCGAUGUCUUUAUCGAGAAUUCAAAGGCAAUCCUAGACGAUAGCAGUGCUGAACACAAGGAGGGUACAAAGCAGACCUUAUACACUGCUCUGGAAGGUGGUCUCCUCUUACUUCACCCUUUUAUGCCCUUCUUAACCGAGGAGCUAUUCCAGCGUCUUCCUCGACGUCAAGGCGAUAAGACGCCGUCAAUCACUGUUGCCGACUUCCCGGACUUUGAUAUCCUCCAGGUCUUCUACGAUCUAGGGGCUGAGAAAGAGUAUGAAUUGCUCGUUGAUAUCUCCAAAGGCCUCCGUUCUCUCACAGCUGAGUAUGGUAUCAAGCGCUCGGCGCAAACAUUUAUCCACCCGUUGGAUGAUGCUACUCACAAAAUACUUCAAACCUCAACCUCCCGGCUUUCAAUACUCUCUCUCGGCGGCAAGAAUAUCGGAUCUCUCACUAUUCUUGCACCUGCUGAUCCUGCGCCUACUGAUUCUGCGGUCUACAUCAUUGGCACAUCAGCAACUGUGUAUCUUAAUGUUGAAGGCCAAAUUGAUAUUGAUAAAGAGAUUACAAAAGCGAAGGCUCGACGUAAUAAAGCAAAUGAGACAAUUAGGAAGCAACUCAAGAUUAUGGACCCGAGUUGGGAGGCGAAGGCCAGCGAGCUUGUCAAAGACGCAGAACUGGAGAAGCUACGCGCGGCAGAGCUUGAAAGCGGCAAUUUCGAAAAGACCAUUGCGCAGUUUGAGAAGAUGAAGAUGACGUAG